UAGACACAUGACCUGCUGGGCCACAGAAAGGAGGCUCUGUGAAGAUGUACUAGAUUACUGGAUACAUAACUUCAAUUUCCCAAUGAAUUUUAUAUUGUAUAUUCUUAUACCUGGAAUAUAUUCUUUUUCCCUAAAGAGUAGCCCUUUGAAGCCUACUGUUGAAGCAUUGCCUAAUGUGUUGCCUUUAAAUGAAGAUGUUAAAAAACAGGAAGAAAACAAUGAAAAUCAUACAUACAAUUACACUCCUGCUAAUGAGAAAAAUGGCAAUUAUUUUAAAGAUAUAAAACAUUAUGUGUUCACAACACAAAAUCCAAAUGGCACUGAGUCUGAACAAUCUGUGAGAGCCACAACUGAUCUGAAUUUUGCUCUAAAAAACUAUAAAAUCGUCAAUGCGACUACAUUUGAAAAAUCUGCCAAUGAAGAAGAAACAACUACUCAUGAACCCUCUCGUAAAAAUAUUCAAAAACCAACCCCAAAUGUGCCUGAAUUUUGGACAAUGUUAGCUAAAGCUAUAAAUGGAACAACGGUGGUCAUGGAUGAUAAAGAUCAAUUAUUUCUCCCAGUUCCAGAAUCUGAUGUGAAUGCUACAAAGGAAGAAAAUUGGCCUGAUCCAGAGGAUCUGAAGAUAAAAUUAACGUUGGGAAUCUUAUUGAUGACCCUCCUCCUCUUUGUGCUCCUCUUGGCAUUCUGUUGUGCCACAAUGUACAGACUGAAGUACCUGAGUUGUGAGAGUCAAUAUUGCAUCAAUCCUGAGCUGGCCUCGAAGUCGUACUUUCAUCCAUUAAAAGGUGUAUCAGAUACAUCCUUUUCCAAGAGUACAGAGAGCAGCACGUCUUCAGAUGUGAGAAGACCAGGCACAAGAAUAUCAAAAUCUAUGGACGUAAACAACGUGAUAGAGUUACCCAAUGAAGAAAUCAAGGAACCUGAUGAAGAUAUCAUACUGAUGAAUAAAUAGCUUUAAUUCUUUUGUCAUC